AGAACUUUUUUUCCGAGCCGUGUGUGAACGCAGCAUGACGCCGCCCGCGGUGCGUCGCUACGUUCUGCUCCGGAGCGGCCGCGGACAGAGGAGAGGGGAUCCCCGGGAUUCUUUUUUUCACACCGCUCAACACUAAACACCAAACAUCGGGAAAAUCCACGAAAAGGGGGGAAAACUCGGUCAAGCUCCUCCUAGACUUCGGUGAGAGCAGCCAUGUCAGAGGAGGCCGUGCGUCAAACGCGCAGCCAGAAGCGGGCUCUGGAGAAGGACCAUGGCGCUCCCCCGGAGCCCCUGGAGGACAUGGACAGCAAACGGGUAAAGCUGGAGAAAGGCGACGGAGACGCGGCUCCCAUGGACGUUGAAGGAUCCGGAGCCGAGGGCGCCAAGCUGAAGAGCGAGCACGCCGCAAAGGUGACCGCAAGCAUCCUGAAAGCCGGGGAGGUGAAGGCCACCAUCAAGGUGGAGGUGCAGACCGGAGACGAACCCGUCGACAUGAGCAAAUCCAAAAGUGACGUUAAGAGUGACCGGCAGCCACAGUCGCCAGAUGACGUGAUUGUGUUGUCGGACAAUGAGCCAUCCAGUCCUCUCAUGAAUGGCCACUGCUUCACCAAGACUGACACCGAUAAACUUAUGAAGAGUUCUCCUGAGGAGAGGGAGCGCAUCAUCAAACAGCUGAAGGAGGAAUUGAGACUCCAAGAGGCCAAACUGGUGCUGCUCAAGAAGCUACGACAGAGCCAGAUCCAGAAGGAGAGCAAUGUGCAGAAGUCGAGCGGCUCUGUAGCCACUCCCCCUCCUCUGGUGAGAGGUAGCAUCACAUCAAGCAAAGGACCCCUCCAGGUGACAGGUCGAAGCUCAGGCACGGUGAUCCCUCCCCCGUUGGUGCGGGGCGGGCAACACAUGCCGUCCAAACACAACUCUCAGAUUGUGAUGCCGCCGCUGGUCAGAGGGGCACAGCCUAUCGCAGUGACUCCCCAGCAGAUAGCCAGUCUACGGCAGCAGCAGCAUCAGCACAGCGGUUCAGGACCCCCGCCGCUCCUGCUGGCUCCCAGGGCUUCUGUGCCCAAUGUCCAGAUCCAGGGCCAGAGGAUCAUUCAGCAGGGACUCAUCCGGGUGGCUAACGUGGCCAACAGUAAUAUCAUGGUCAACAUCCCUCAGGCCUCUCCAACCAGCCUCAAAGGCUCUUCAUUGUCGCCCAACUCCAACAUCAAUGAUUCCCCCGCCAGCCGGCAGGCGGCUGCCAAGCUGGCUCUACGCAAGCAGCUGGAGAAGACGCUGCUGGAGAUCCCUCCACCUAAACCUCCCGCUCCGGAGUUCAACUUCCUGCCUUCAGCAGCCAAUAAUGAAUUCAUCUACUUGUUGGGGCUGGAGGAGGUGGUGCAAAAGCUUCUGGAGAUGCACGGCAGGGGUAAUCUGGGCCCAGCUGCUGCCAUUGCCAGCUCCAUUCCCAAAGAGCCAUACACCUGCGCCCAGUGUAAGACAGACUUUACCUCCCGCUGGAGAAAGGAGAAGGCCGGGACCAUCCUCUGUGACCAAUGCAUGUCGUCCAAUCAGAAGAAGGCCCUGAAGGCCGAGCACACCAACCGGCUGAAGGCGGCCUUUGUGAAGGCGCUCCAACAGGAGCAGGAGAUCGAGCAGCGUAUCCUCCAGCAGGCGGCGGCCUCUUCGUCUUCCUCCACCGUCUCUAAAUCCACCUCCUCUUCCUCAAUGUCCAAGAGUGAGGUGCUGGUGUCCCAGCAGUACAAGCACGUCAGGGCUGCCAUGCAGCACAGAUCUGUGUCUGCACACCACUCCGUUAAGCAGAGUCAUAUGUCACACAACAUCCAGUCGAUGAGCGCUCGCAGCAUGGCCCACUCGUUCACCUCCUCCUCUCAGCUGCAGAGCGCGAUGGCGGCGGCGGCGCUGGGCAGCAGGGCGGGAAAGCACGCCGCGGCACGCCCGCUGCAGCAGGGGGGGAAGGUCAGCGCCGGCAGCAGCAACCAGGGCAACGUGGCCGCCUGGAGGAAGCAGACCGGAGGAAACCCAGGUGUGACCAUGGCCUACGUGAACCCCAGCCUGUCUGCCCAUAAGACCACCUCUGCUGUCGAGCGCCAGCGAGAGUACCUGCUGGACAUGAUUCCCUCCCGUUCGAUCUCCCAAGCAGCCAACACAUGGAAAUAAUGCAAUCUUACCCCUCCCCCCACCCCCACCCCCCACCCCACUACUGACAUCAUAACUAUUACCCCCUCUUAAUAUCAAUAACAGCCAUUCUCAUGAUCACUCUAAUCCUUUCUACGGACUCUGGCUCUGGGAGAAUCAGCCUAGUUUUUUUGGGGGGUUUUUGUUUUUGUUCCUUCAGCUCUUCCUCAGAUAUUUCUGCCCCCCGAGUCCUUCAAGUGGAGUUGUGCUGCGACAGCUCGAGAUUCUGAGAUUCAGAAGAAGGAAUAUAAAUCCGGGUACCUUUUUUGUGAGGGUUGGGGUUUACACGGGAUUGUACAAUUUUACGAACUUCUCCGGCGAUGUGGCCUCUCCCUCCCUCCCUCCCUCCCUC